ACUGAAUGGUCACGUGAUACCGUUGCUAACGCAAAAUAUGGCAUCAGAAAAGGAAGAAAUAUCUUGUCAGAUACCGAAAGGUCGCGAAGAAUCGCUAUAUAAUAACCUCAGAGAGAAAUAUAAUGAUGAAGAUGAAACUAGGCUUAAUAUACACUUUGAAUAUCUUCGAAAUAAUAUGGAGAAGGGGGUUGACUUAGGCUUUUCUUGGAAGCAGAUUGUUUGCAUUUGCAAUCUGUGUCAGGAGAUUUUAGCAGAAUGCCUCGGAAAAAGUCUUUCCGAAUCGUUGAACUUAUUCAAGGACAAGCUAAACGACCUAGUCGAAUUGGGUAUCAUCAAGGACGAACAAGCUAGGCAGUUUGGUCAAUUUUAUCUACAAACUUUUUUUACCCACUUCCGCCUAUAUAGACUAGUUUUUACCAAGGAUAGAGAAAAUUGGCGGCAAUACGUCCAAUUAUCUGUAGAACAACCGCCCAAAAUUUCUGACUUGAUUACAAGCAAACCAUUAGACAUUUACGAAUAUGAAGAGAUCAUCUCACAGCUAGAUGAAAAGGAAGAAGCUAGACAAAAUGAAUGUGCAAGACGAAUAGUCGAUGAGACCCGGGAGGAUGAAGAACAGAUUAAGGAGGUUUACGCUCAGAUCGACGCCGAUGACGAGGCUCUUAAGGAAAAGGAGAAAUUAUCAGCUUUAAUAGCAGAUGUUGCCAAAGUUCAUCUUGAAGCUGUUAAUCACAAGAUUUCACGCCGAAUAGACGAAAGCGUUGCUGUAAUCGAUUAUAAACUUAAAAAGACGCUGGUACCCAGACCCCAAGCAUUAGGGCCUCCACCAAGAUUCGAUCUUAGCAGUGCUGUUGACAAGAAUAGACUAGCCAAACCAUUAGUGGACAAUAGACCAAAGAGUAAACUCUCGUCAAGAGCUACUUCCAGGGCUAGUAAACGUAAAUAA